AUGUUCCAGAGGCAGCGUGGUUGGUUCUGUCGCAGCGUCAGUCAGGACUUGAGGCAGUUCUGGGUGGACGAAGGGGGGACAGUCAGCGAAGCCCAGGCCGCAGACUUCCUGUUCAGCUGUGAUGCCUCGCACCCGGACACGCUGAGAAUAUAUCAGAGCCUCGAGUACAUAGAAGAUAAUGCUACAGUAUUUCAUGCCUACUAUCUUUCUGCGGUAGCUAAUACUGAAAUGAAAAACUCCGUGGCCUUAGGCCACUUUGUUCUUCCUCCUGCAUGUCUGCAAAAAGAAAUACGAAGAAAAAUUGGUAGUUUCAUUUGGGAACAAGAUGAAAAUUUUCUGGUAAAAAAGCAUGACAGAGUAACAUCAAACAAAAGGGAAAGCAGUGAGCCAACAACAGAACACAAAAAAGAAUUGUCUGAAAGUGUAGAGAAUCAUUUUAUAAGGACUCCGGUUGUAGAAAAGCAGAUGUACUUCCCUCUUCAGAAUUAUCCAGUGAACAACAUGGUAACAGGUUAUAUAUCAAUUGAUGCCUUGGAGAAAUUCCUUGGAGAAUUACAUGACUUCAUUCCUGGAAGCUCAGGAUAUUUGGCAUAUCAUGUUCAAAAUGAAAUUAACAUGUCUGCUAUAAAAAACAAAUUAAGGAGGAAACUAAGUUAAAUUGUACUUACAUCUGGGCAUUUUUAUAAAAUAUUAUGACAUGUAUAUAAUUUAAAUGAGAAUGGAGAAAGAAUUAUUUUCUUUCUCAACAUGUGUUCGGAGAAAACUCAUAAUUAUUUUGGCUCUCCAAACAUUGUGAGUGAAAAAUUGUUAUAGAAUUAUUGUCAUCCAAACACUUAAAAUAACUCUCUAUCAAAUGUUCUUUUGAUUUUGACUUUAGUAUUGCAUUAUAUUUUUUCUAGGUUCAGUAUUGAAAUACUUUUAUAAUUCUGGUUCUGUUAUUUUGAUUUUUAAAAAUUAGGAUGCUAUACUUGAACUGUGAAUGUUUUAUUUCUGAACAUAAUGAGCCAGGUAUCUUAUAGUCUCCAUAGUAGAGCCUGAGCCCAAUACUGUGGCUUAUGAGAAAAUAAAAACUUAAGAGGGUGUCCUUCCAGAGUGACUAAAUGAGGCCCAACCCAAACUGGAAUAUGAUUUUCCAGACUGGUAUUUAUACUCUGUUUUCCUAGAUGGUUAUGCUGGAAUCUCAGUGUUCGUAUUCUGUUCCCUUUUUGAGACAAGGUUUUAUUGUGCUAUCCAGGCUGGCCUCUAACUCCUGGGUACAAGUAAUGCUCCUGCCUCAGCAUUAUAAAUAAGAUGAAGUUGCAGGUCUGUGCUGCUGUACCUGGCUUUCCGGCUUUUUGAAUGAAUAUAGAGAUGUGGCAAUCUCGAUAAGGCAGUUUUGCUAGAUUUUGUAGUGUUGACCUGUAAUCCCAGGUACUUGGGUGACUGAAGCAGGAGUACAGAAAGCUCAAGCCAGCCUGGGUAACUUAGUAAGACCCUGUCUCAAAAUAAAAAGUUAGAAGAGACCAGUUACAUAGCUUGUUAGUACAGCACUUGCCAAGCAUGUACAAGGUCCUGGGUUCAUUUCCAAGCACCACAUAGACACAGAAACCACUUCUUAUGUAGGGUUUGCUGGGCUUAUUACUUUCUGAAGAUAUAAAUGGAAUUACUUGUUAGACCUGUUUAUCCUUCUGGAACCUACAGAAUUAUCUAAAGAAAGGAUACCCUGUUUCUUUCUUUCCUUCUUUCUUUCCUUCUUUCUUUCUUUCUUUCUUUCUUUC